UAUGUUAUGUCCGGAGCAUCUGAGCAGCUCGCUCAAAGAAUGAGUUUUAGCAUUUGACUGAAAGGCGGUGGCCGUUGAAUGAAUCAGCCCUCGCGCUGUAAGUAGAGCCACCUAAUUGGCUCUGUGGAGAGAGACUCUUCGGUGAAUAAUAGCAGCGUCCUUUAUUCUCCAGGCCUGCUUAAUUUGAAAAUGUCUCAUUAGUUUUAGGUCGCAAAUUUUCCGUGGGUGGACGCGCUCCAGAAAUCGUGUAAAGGUUCUGAGCUUUGAAUCCGCAACGAGAGGUUAUUACGCGAAGGUGCCCGAGCAUCACGCGGAAAUGCGACCGGAGAGAAAGGAAGAGCUGCAAAAAUUGGCUCCCAGUCGAGAUUCUCCGUCUUUGCCCUGACGACGAGCAAUGUAUGGUGAGGGAACUGAGGGACCACGCUGGUGACCUGGUUCCCAUCGGACAACUGCCAGAUGUUGAAAGAGGGACACCAGAAUACCUCAAAGUGAAGUUUAGAAAAAGAGCUACCAAAAAAGUUAUAUCGUUAUAAGUUACAAGUCAUAUUGGGAAAAUUAGUCGAGGAAGCGAACGGAGAGGAAAAUAUAAAGGGAGCAUUUAGGAGUGAGACGAAAGAGAGUGGGGAGAGAGAGAGCAACAAAGAGAGAGAGAGAGAGAGAGAGAGAGAGAGAGCGCCUCCUCCGCCGCUCGUCUCUCACUCUGAGUCUCGCAUCCUCUUCUCCUCCUCAUCGCUCGGUCUGUUCUGCAUCCGCGCCUCCUUUUCUCCCCAUUUUCUCAAACCCCGUCUCUCCUCCCUGCACUUCCCGGUUGUUCGUCCUCGACAUGCGGCCCGCGUGAAGUCGGCAAACUGAAAAGAGAGACGCACACGCAGAUGCUCUGUCGGAGGAGAGGCGGAGAAACGCGCGCUUGCAUCUCACUCUGAGCGCCUUGCCUCGAGCCGAGCACCGCCAUGGAUCUGUCGUUCAUGGCUGCGCAGAUCCCAGUCAUGACGGGGGCCUUCAUGGACUCCUCGCCCAACGACGACUACAGCGGCGAGCACUCGCUCUUCAACUCGUCGGCCAGCGUCCACGCCGCCGCCUCAGCCGCCUCGGUCCACGGGCAGCAGGACGAGUCCCAGUCCAUGUCCAGCGACGCCAUCUGGCUCUGGAUCGCCAUCAUCGCCACCAUCGGGAACAUCGUGGUGGUGGGCGUGGUGUACGCGUGCACCUUCUGAGGGCGGCCGGCGAUGCCGACGGGCGUCUGCUGGUCCUGGGUCUGUGGAGUCUGUGGACUCUGGCGCCGUCAGUCUCUGCGCCCCUCCCCGUCUCAGCCUCUUCUCGGGCGCUCCCUCCACUUUGGACCGCUGGGGAUGCGGGCGUUGUGGAACUAGACGCUGAUCAUAUCUCUCCAUCAGAGGGAAAGACUUGGCGGCGCUCGUCAGCACAGACGGACUUUGGACGCUACAGGUGGAGGUUUGAGAAGGACGUCGCUUUUUUCAGCCUAAGUUUCUUUUCGUGUUUCUCCUCAGACGCCACCCUUCGCUUGUAAUGCAGAGAGGAGAAUGGAGAUUAAAUGGGGCUUAAGAUUCCGGUUCAUCCAGGGCCAUCGUACACACCCACCAGAUACUUUCAAAGCAAUUUAGGUCACUGCUGUUUAAUUAUGCGGCUGAAUAGAGAUGGUGAGGGUUGAAUUUAGAAAGCAGUGUGAUUGUUUCCACGUCCGACGGCCCGAUCUUCAAGACAUUAGAGCUCAUUCAGGGAAUAAUUUGGUGGAUGAACCAUAGCGUGGACAUUGAUCUUCAGAAGAUAUGGGAUUGUUUUACAGACAUGAAGCAGAGAACAGGAAACCAGCUGUCGCUCAUUUCCUAAUGGUACAUACUUAUAAUCUCAUGAAGAUGUUUUCUGCAGUGCUAAUCAAUUAUAACCCUCCAGGGAUGAUUAGAAGAUGUAAUUGUAUUGUCCUAGUCUGUUCAGCCUAUAUUUACAUAUUAUAGACAUAGAAGCACAAACUAAAUCAAACAUGUGUCGCUUUUUUACUUGUCUUCAACUAAGUAUUUUUGACGUUUUGCUCAGUAAGUCAUAAGUUAGUGAUAGAAAAAAAAUAGUAGCAGAUGUGAAAAUCAGUAAAUGCUCCACGUUCUGUCUGUAGCCCUUAGCAAACGCUGGCCAGAUGUGGUCGUUAAAUAUCAGGCCCACGAUUCGGUUCGGUUAAUUACUGUAGUCUUGUGUUGCCGGCAAAAUCUGGAGGCAGACGUCUCCAUGGCAACAAAUCCACGUCCUAAUUGGGAGCAAUAAUUGUAGUUUGGCCCAAGCAUUAACCUGCAGACACUGAAAACAUAACACUGCCUUUAUGCAUAUUUUACAGCUGGCGCCACCCAUUUCUGUCUUUAAGCACGUGUGUAGAUUAAUGUUUGCGCUUUGGGCUCCAAGAAACACCUACAUGUACAUGAUGUACUGCUACUUUUUCUUUUUCUUGUGAAAUGUGAUUUCAAAGGUGUUUUAUCUAACCUUAAAAACGGAAAACAUGCAUACAGUAUAUAUCAUAUUUAGAAAGCAAAUAAUAAUAAUAAUAAUAAUAAUAAUAAUAAUAAUAAUAAUAAUAAUAAUAAUAAUAAUAAUAAUAAUAAUAAGCUUUAUGUUCAUCACCAUGGCCCCUCAGCUGUCUAUACACUGCGAAACCAACACCUGUACCAUGUAACCAAAACUGCAGACGGACCUUCGUCUCUUUGUAAUCAGACUGUUCAAAGAAGCACUUUUCAGGCCUGAUAUUUUUAUUAAGUGAUUGAUGUAUAAAUAAUGUUGUAAACCACACACACAAUCCUUCUUUUGUAAAGACAUGCUACUAGUAAAGUUUCUGUACUAAC